AUGUCUGCCCCCUGCUCUGAGCAGCUUCUGCUUGGUUCUGAAGCUUGUGAGUUUGUGUACGGGAGCUGCCAGAGAGGAGAGAAAGCUGGGGACAGGCAGCUGGAGGUGGGAAAUGAGGGUCCCCUGGCUCUGGCAAGAAGAGGUGAGCUGCCCUGCAAAAGACAGUGCCACUGGCGUCCCCUGGGUCCUAACUGCCCCCUGAUCUUCUCCUUCCAGAGGUUCCGGUUCUGCGGAGACUUGGACUGUCCCGACUGGGUCCUGGCUGAGAUCAGCACCUUGGCCAAAAUAUCCUCGGUGAAGCUGAAGCUGAUCUGUGGCCAGGUGCUGAAGGACUUGCAAGGCGAGGGGAUUGAUUAUGAAAAGAUCCUGAAGCUAACGUCGGAUACCAAGUUCGAGUCCGGGGACGUGAAGGCCACCAUCGCCGUGCUCAGCUUCAUCCUGUCCAGCGCGGCCAAGCACGGCGUGGACAGCGACUCUCUGUCCAGCGAGCUGCAGCAGCUGGGGCUGCCCAAAGAACAUGCCACGGGCUUGUGCCGGUCCUACGAGGAGAAACAGAGCCCCCUGCAGGACAUCCUGAGGGCGCGCAGCCUGAGGUUGAGCCGUCUGGACUCGGUGUCCUGGAGGGUGGAUCACACGCUCAGCUCCUGAGAGCUCCAGCAGGUGAACGAGCCGCUGGUGCACCUGAAGUUGGCCGUGCGAGACGAGGACAGGGGCGUGACAGAGCCCCUUGCCAUGACCGUGUCGGCAGAGAAGUUCCGGGUCUUGCUGGCAGAGCUGAGGCAGGCCCACGCCCUGAUGAAAUCUCUCAGCUGAGGAGCUGGGCGCACGGCGGUGAGCAGGAAGGAGCCGGCUGCUUGUGCUGCAGCCCCUCAGAGUCUGGUGGGUGCGGUUCCUCCGCUGGGGACGCCCCUUGUGACAGACGCCGCCUGCACUGGGCUCUCUCCUCCAUCCCCAGACCCCUGAUGCUGAAACUGAUGCUGGCUCUUCCUGCGGCCGCUCCCACUCUUCCUGGCUGCUCUCCCCCAUCCGCCUCCUGCCAGCCCUUCUCCAUCCCGCCCACAAGCCCUCACCCAGGAUCCAACCCCAGAGCGCGGGGGGGUGGGGGCUUAGCGGCUUCUGUAUCUGCUCACAAGAUCCCCACCCAGAGCCCAGCUCCAGCUGGGGGCAAGGAAAGGGAUUUCCCGCAGCAAAGGCGCCUGAAACCUUCAGCUGCGCAGCAGAGUCCCACACGUGCCUGGGGAACACCCAGGCCUGCCAGAGGCUGGUUUAACAAUGAAAGACCCUGAAAUCCCCUGCACAGCCCUUUGCUCUGUUCCCGACCAGCCCAGGCAGCUGAUCUGCCAGAAUUGUCUCCUGGGGUGAGUCCUGGGCACAUGCGUGGGGCCCCCGUCUGUGGAGACAGCGUGCUGCAGCCUGCCAGGCUCCACGGCGGCUGGGCCCUGAGCGCCCUGUGGCGAUCGAGGAUGCCCAGUGCCAGCGGCCGGGGUGACCCUGCCAGUCCCAUGGAAGAGGUUGGAAAGUCUCACCAGCCGCAGCAGGAUGGAGCUUUCACUAGCCCGCUCCUCUCCCACCUGCUCUGUCGUCUUCUCCCCUGCCACCUCAUCUACCACCUUUUCCAGGGCAGCUCCAUGCCCGGAUUGAGGCCCAGCACGGACAGGCAGCCGGGAGCUCUUCCUGCAUUUCCCAGGGGCCUGGCACAUGAAGCCAGUGGUUUACAAUGGGCCCUAAUUUGCAAGAGGGAUCCAAUAAAGCCACAAAGGCGGCAA